UGUACGUUUCAGGGCUGGCCUCUGGGAGGGAGCGAGCCCGCAGAGAAGCAGAAAGAAACACGGUGGUGGCCGCGUACUGAUCGGUGGGGCUUGAUCUCGGGGGCACCGCCGGGGGCUGAGGAGAGCGCGGCGAAGAGGCGAAAGCGUUGGCCGCCGCACAGCCGCGAAAGCCUGCAGCCGGGAGGGGGAAGGGUGGCGGCGGCGAGGAGCAGCCUGACUCGGUUGGGUUCAUUCGUCCUUACCGCCCCGCCUUUGGGUGGCAGGCGGCGUAGCGGCCAGAGCGAGCCCGCCGGCGGGACUGCAGCGGCCUCUUCUUCCUCUCUUGUUUUCCGCGAGCGGCUGAGAGGCUCUUGGUGUCGCCGAACACAAUAAAGGGAGGGUGAAGAGAAGGCAUCCGUGUCGCUUCCCUCUCGGGCGCUCGCAUCCUCCCGCGCUCCGUAGGCCUGGCCGGGUUAGGGGCCUGCGGCCGGCUCGGUGAAGGGCCCUUGAGCAGGCAUUCCCCAUCCCCCCAUCCCACCCGCCGCCUCUAGCCAGUCGCUGCGAAGUCGGCCGGGGGAGGCAAGGCGGCGGCGGCGGCGCAGGCCUAGGGGAGAGGCCUAGUGUGCCGUAACCGCACCUCUGAGACGGCGUCUGGGCCAGAGCGAGAAAAAAAGGCUGAUCGGCGCGAUGGUGUGAAACGGGAGCAGCGCCCGAGCGAAGAUGGCCGGUGGUGGCGGCCUCGGCGGCGGCAGAAAUGUAGGAGGCAUCCAACAGACAGGCUUCCUUCUCGAGGCUUUGGAUAAAUCACAGUCCAAGCGGGAUGGAGGUUUUAAAAGUAGCUGGAGCUUUGAUCAUUCAGAAGAGAGUGAAGGAGAUACAGAAAAAGAUGAAGCCAAUCUGCUGACGUUAGAUGAAAAUGAUGGAACUUGUAGUCCCAAUGGUGAAAGGAAAUCAUGUCGCCGCUUAGUAAGUUUUGGAGCCAGAAAUGAUGCCUUAAGAACAUACAGCAGACGGAACAAAAGUGACACUCCUGGAACUUUAAAAAGCAGCCCAACUGGACUUAACAUAUCCGGAAGCAGCAAGAAAUUAUGUGUAAAUGCUGAGAACAUGUCUUGUUCUGAAUCAGAAGUACAGGCCAGACGUUUUUGUGUUCACACACAAACACGAGUAAAAACGGCAGCACAAAACAACCGGGAUCUAAAAGAAAGGAAAGAAUACCCCCAUAAUAUUCCAAAGCUGGAUAACAACUGCAACAAACGGUCUCAGCUUCAGGAGAUGAAAAGAAUGAUGGAGAACAGAGAAGAAUCUGGGUCAGAGUCAGAGACAGGAAUUACAAGGAAGGUACAACAGAAACGUCAAUGCACUUUAUAUCAGGCUACUUUGCUUCCAUCUCCUGCUACAAAAAAUAGUUCAACCCACAUAGAGGGCUUGGAUAAUUACUCCAGAACUUGCCAGUGCAUUGGAAAAACAAAUGAAAGUGAGACCGAAUGCCAGCUUUCUGGAGUUGCUUUUAUUGGGGGCUUGCAAAGACAGUCCGUGCAAAGCACAUCUUUAUGUGAUACUACAGGAUCUUUGGCAAGAGAAUCAAUACAUGACAGUUCAACAGAGCAGCAUUCUUUAAGUACAGGACUAAAUGCAAAAAAGUUUUAUGGAUCAUCUCCCGCUACAGUUUCUACUGACUUCAUAGUGAGGCGCAACAUAGGCCCUGCUAUGUUACGGCCAAAUGGAAAAGUGGGUUCUAAAAUUACUGGACAUUUACGGCAGAAGACUACAACAGCAUCUGAACUAAAUGAUCCAAUUGUGCUGUCCAGUGAUGAUGAAGAGGAUCAGAUUGGUAGCACUAACAGAAUGGAGAGCAUAUCACCACGUCCAGCAGAUUCAGCCUGUUCUUCUCCUGCACCUUCUACAGGAAAAGUGGAAGCAGCCCUGAAGGAAAAUACUUGUGAACUAGAACAAAGGCUAACUAGCAUUACAGCAGACACAGAAUCUACAGUAGCAUUACCAAGAAAAGCAAGAAUGAAAGAUCAGUUUGGCAACAUUGUAUCCAAUGCUCCUGUAAAACGUCGAAAAGUUCUCCCCCAAGAAACUGCGACUGAUGUCAUCAUACCUUCGAAAUAUCAAAACUCUUAUGAAAGUGUCAUAUUAAACUGUCGAAGUAUAAGAAUAGGAACUCUGCGAAGAAUGGUGGUGGAUCCUGUAAUUUUUUGCUUAGACUAUAUUGAGAUACGUUUGGAAGAGUCAGAAAAUGAUACUAGGGAUAUUAAUUUAAAAACUUCUGAACUUACAAAGUGUGAAUGGUGUGGUGUACGCAAGUUGCCAGUAGUUUUCCUGCAGACUGUACCUGCUGCCUGCCAAAGUUUAAGAUCACAUCUAAAGAUGAAUAGGGAAAAAGAUAAUGUCUGGUAUGACUGUAAAGGAGCAAAUCCAGAAGAACAAUACAUCAUUUUAAUUUUUGAGACAGGUCUUGAUCCUCAUGCAAAUGCAAUAUUUGAAAAAAUAAUAACUGAAAUUGGUAUCAGGAACAAUAUUUCUGACUUUUUUGUGAAAAUUACUUUUGAAGAAGCAAAUAGUCGGCUUGUGGCCUUUACAAAAUCUUUUGAAGAUACUUCUAGAGGAAGCAGUGCUCCUAAAGAAAGCAAGACAAAACAUGUUGCCUCUGAUUCUAAGAUGCAGCUGCGAAAUGCAACACAGUUCCAGUUUUUUGACGAUGAUGAAAGCGGAGAGCCACAUACCGUCUUCAUCGGUCCUAUAGAAAAAUUGAUAGUUUAUCCGCCUCCUCCAGCAAAAGGUGGCAUUUCUGUGACCAAUGAAGAUCUUCAUUGCUUAAACGAAGGAGAAUUUUUAAAUGACGUAAUAAUUGAUUUUUAUUUAAAGUAUCUGGUGCUAGAAAAGUUAAAAAAAGAAGAUGCAGAUAAGAUUCAUGUGUUCAGUUCCUUCUUUUACAAACGCCUUAAUCAAAGAGAGAGGAGAAACCUUCAAGAAACUUCAAAGCUCACAAUUCAGCAGAAACGGCAUGGUCGAGUAAAAACAUGGACACGGCACGUUGAUAUCUUUGAAAAAGAUUUUAUUUUUGUUCCUCUUAAUGAAGCUGCACACUGGUUUUUGGCUGUCAUCUGCUUUCCAGGUUUUGAGAAACCAAUAUAUGAGACUAACCCGUAUUUCCAGGAAAAUGUAUCUACACAAGUUAAGUCUUCCUCUUUAGAUCAAGAUAGAAGUGCUUCAUCUCCUAUAUGCACUGAAAUGGAUCUAUUACAGCAGUCCUCUCUAACAGUGACAAGGAAGUUGUUCAACAAGAAGCAAGUUGCAGAAUUAACUGACACAAGCACAGAUACUGAGGAGAGUGAGUCAUUGUACUGCAAAAGAAACUCUUCUGAGAAAAGUGGCUUUAAGAAAGUAAAUCAUUUAAACAGCACUGCAGAAGAAUUGAGAACUAUGGAACCUCUAUGUCCUAAACAUGAUCUUAAGACUUCAGAGGCAAAUGGAAUGCAAAAUGAACAUAAAAUUCAUAUCCAAGCUAGUGAUGGUUUACAGAAAAUCAGAUUAAACUAUAGUGAAGACUCUGCUGAUAGCACUAAACUAAAUGAAGAUGAGCUCAUAGAUUUUUCAGAAGACCAGGAUAACCAGGACAAUAGUAGUGAUGAUGAUGGUCUUGCUGAUGAUAAUUGUAAUUCAGAAUUAGGACAGUGGCAUCUAAAGCCGACCAUAUGCAAACAGCCUUGCAUUCUGCUCAUGGAUUCACUAAGAGGCCCCUGCCGAUCAAAUGUCGUCAGAACACUAAGGGAAUACUUGGAAGUGGAAUGGGAAGUAAGGAAAGGGAGCAGAAGAAGUUUCUCUAAAGAUGUCAUGAAAGGCUCAAACCCCAAAGUGCCACAACAGAACAAUUUCAGUGAUUGCGGAGUUUAUGUGCUACAGUAUGUGGAGAGCUUUUUUGAGACUCCUAUUCUAAGCUUUGAAUUACCAAUGAAUCUAACAGACUGGUUUCCACGCCCAAGAAUGAAAACAAAACGAGAUGAAAUAAGGAACAUAAUCCUGAAUCUACAAGAACAGCAAAACAAAGAAAAGAAGGGGCAUAAGGACAGUAAUCUAACAGAGAAAUACUUUCAGGAAAGAACAGAACAAUUUAUCAGCAGCUGAAUCUUUUGUCAUAUGUUAGCCGUACAUCAAAUUAAAAAAGAAAAGAAGAAAAAAACCCUGAAAUUUACUUGUCUCCACUGAAACGAAGGACUUCUAGUAUUAUCAGCUCAAACUUAUUGUUGAGGGGUAUAAAUGUUGACCCAAUUCCCCCAGUGUAUUAAUUAGAAUAAUCUGUAUAUAUGUUAAUUAGGCCAACUUUUUUCAACCUUUGUAAUUAUGUUUUUCACUACUUAGGAAACCUUUGUUAUGUGUUUCUGUUUAUAGAACUUAAUAGCAACUUCUAGACACAAAAUAAAUAAAUACAAUAUUUAUAGGAUAAAUUGGUUAACUUUUUCUGUGUUAAGUAAAAUUAUCAUUGAAUAUUUCCCAGUAAGACUUCUAUAAUGCAUGGGGAAUGCUUACGUAGCAAGGUAAUCAAAUUCAUAUGUUAAUUUACAGUUGCCAUUACAAGAUGUUCUGCUUCAGAAAUGUGCAAAGAAUUAAGAAUGUAUCUAAAUGCAUUGUGUUUCCAAGGUGAGUGGUUUGCACUUAAGAUCCAAGUGCAGGCAAUACAAUAUUCAGCCAGGAAUGUUUCAGAUACUGAGAGAAGUAACUUCACAAAUACUUGGAAAAUGCUGCUUCCUGAUUGCAAGUCUUACUCAAGCAGUAUUUAAUACGGUCUCAAAAGGUUGGCUUGAGUAAUACUGUUAGAUCCUCCUCUAUUAUUUUAUGUGGUUCCUGAAUGUUGUUUAAAUGUAUUUUCACAAUUCUUUCAUUAUAAAAUUGUAUUUUUGGUAAGUGUGCUUGAAAUAGCAGAAAAUUGCCACCUUAAAAUUUCUGUCAGAAUUCUGAAUGUUGCAUUCAUAUGUGCUUUAUCUAUCUGAACUUUUUUUAAUGGUAUGAGUACUAUUUUUUUGUAACGCACAGAAAAACCAAAAUAUUGCUAGACGUCAUUGCUUGCUUGCUUCUGUCUUAACAAGAAAUGUCUAAUAAUUCUAAGACACCUUGUUGGCAUUAUUUCCAUGAUGUAAUUUGAUUUUUAAAUUAUGUAAAAAGACAAUAGCCUUCUUAUACCAACUCUAAAAAUCCAAAAGACAGCAACUAGGUCCUAUAACAUUUUAAAGCAUGCUCACAAGAUACUGUCUUUAUAUGAGGGAAUAGAAACUCCUUUUCGUCGAAUAAUGCCUUUGUUAAAAACAAAUUCUUCUUAGGAAGGAGGAUGCUUUGGAUGUAAUAAAUGCGAAGUAUUAUAGAUGAAACAGGCAGUACUGCCAUUGCAACACACAAUCCAUUUCAGCUUCUUCACAAUAGAACAUUCUGUGUAGAAAGUAUAUUUGCAUCCAGUUUUUACUGUGAUUAUGUUGAUGUCACCUACACAGUAGGUGACAUCAACAUAAGUAGUCAUACUUUGUACAGGAUCAGAGAUUGCUUUGCCCAAAGAACAGUUCUGAAGAAGACAUCGCUUUGGUCUGCUGCCCAGCAUUAAAGUUGUUUAAAUCCUAUAGACUUCGAUUUAAGAAUAUUGGGUUUGCAGCCUUAGUGGCAAAGCUUUCCAUAUCUUCUUCCAUAAAUUACUUUUAAUAGAUGGACAGUAAUAGGGCUCUCAUGACAUUUGUCAGUAUUAAAACAUAUGAAUUGAGAUGACUCUUUCCUAUAAAUCCACAUAGAACCAACUCUUGGGCUUAGGUAAAAAAGAAAAAAAAUAUUCUAUAUUUUUCAAUGCCUAAAAUUUGCCUGAGUAGCAGUAGGACAGAGAAGCAAGAAACAAGAAUAAACAAAAGGGGUUGACAGCAAAUGGAAUUUACUUACUUCGAUAUUUUUUUUUAGUGCUACUUGAACAUAUAGUAGGGAAAUUUACAUAGCAAAAUGCACAUUCUCGUGCAAGAUUAUUUGUUGCAAUAUUUGGAUUUAUAUGUAAUUAGAUUUUGCUUUUGUUUUUAAUAGGUUGUGGUCUAUCUUAGUUUCUCUUUGUUUGGUUCUGUUCCUGAGAAUGGAGCUUGUAUUUCUUUUCAAGAUGUGAAGAAUGCAAUGUUUCUCUCUUAAUAUUAUGGUAAAGGAUCAGUCAUGCAGCAAGCUGAUAAACAUGUUGAUAGAGAUUUAUUUUUUUAAUAAAACAAUGAAAACAAA